AUGUCAUCUGUCGCUCGUUUGUGUUUCAGAGCAUUUAUGAAGCUGUCAAUAGCAUACUUCACACCGUUUCAUGAACUUUUGAAACGUCAAAGCCUUCGACCGCCAACUGCUUCAGUCAAUCAGAGUUUGGAUGUCAAAUUAGGAAUCUACAUUGAAUCAUUGGGUAACUUCGAAUCGACCGAUAUGAGCUUCGAAGUUGAUUUAUAUAUUUAUAUGUCAUGGAGAGAUAGACGAUUGAAGCAUCCUGGACCUGACUUUGUAAUGAUAAAUGAUGAUCGAAUACGAAGAGAUCUGUGGGUACCUGACUUGUAUUUUGCUAAUGCUCGACAUGCAACAUUCCAACAAGUGAUGCAACCUAACUUCAAUAUGUUCGUUGCUCCCAGCGGUCAAGUCGCUUAUUCAGCACGUUGCACUUUGACUGUAGCUUGCAGCCUAGAUUUACGAUACUAUCCAAUGGAUAAUCAGAUAUGUUCGAUAAGAACAUUAAGUUAUGCUUAUAUAGCAAAGCAAGUGAAUGUGACAUGGUUUGAUGUCAAUCCUAUCACUUAUAAUCCAGAAAUUGCUUUACCUGAGUUCUACAUUACAAACGUUCAGGAAUCGUAUUGUAAUGGAACAUAUCGUUAUGCUCUAAUGCCAAACAGCUACAAGAUAGAUGAAUUCAGUUGUCUAUCAGGAAAUAUUUAUUUAUCACGUUCAAUUGGUUAUAAUUUGUUACAGUCAUAUAUUCCUACAAGUUUAAUUGUUAUUAUUUCAUGGGUAUCAUUUUGGAUAGAUCGUCGAGCUGUUCCUGCUCGUGUAACUCUCAGCUUUACUACACUUGUUUCAUUCACAACAUUGGGUAGUGGUCUACGUAUGGGCUUAGCACAAGUCAGUUAUGCUAAAGCAAUCGAUAUAUGGUAUGGAACCUGUUUACUAUUUGUAUUUCUGGCACUGCUAGAGUUUGCUAUAGUUAACAGCUUUAUGAGACGAGCCGAGAAAUAUGAUACAAGAGCCAAGCGAUUGGUGGAUGAUGUACAUAGACGAGGUUGCAAACAAUAA